ACGGCUCAGUGGAGCUCGAGGAAUAAUCGGAAAUCAUGGCACCCCGCUCGCAAUUGGAGAUCUUCACAUCAUCGGUCCAGCGCCUGGUCAAGGAAGAGGCGUCUUAUCACAGCGAGAUCAAGCAACAGACGGAGCGGAUCAAGAAGCUAGAAGCUCAGGAUGAAGGCGACGAGAACAGAGAAUACUUGCUGAACCAGGAGCGCCGCGCACUCGAGGAAAGCAAGAAUGUUUUACCUAGCUUGAAGACCAAGAUUGAGGACACAGUAGCUAUGCUUGAGAGUCUACUGAUCGAGGAGGGCAAGAGGGGCUCCGAGAGCAAUGUCGAACAUAUCACGGCUGCUAAAGAAGCCGUUGCAAAGGCUAAAAUCGCUGAGCGGGAGAUUUCAUAACUAGGGUGCCCACGAAUUGAAAAGUCAUGAUUCCAAUUAUGAGACAAAAUUUGCACCAAGAGAUGAAUAUAAACUAAGAAAGG